AUGAAGAGAGAAGCCCGACGAACUCGCACGCCUUUCAUCCGAACCCACCAUCGGCUCACCUUCGUUCCUGUCUCCUUCACGCCUCGCAUGCGAAAAGCCACACUUAACACACAGUCGAAAGUAGUUCCUCUUCCCCUCGAUAAGAUGCCUCCUCCCGUCGACCUAGCCUCUCAACCCCGUCCGAGCACCGCAGAUGGCGGUCCACGUCCGGGGGGAAAUCAGGAUUGGUUACCCACAGAUGGAGGGGUACGAGGGGGUAACCAGGAGAAGUUAUCCGAGAAAAAGGUUACUCCCAGCCUUAGUGUCGCAGAUCGAGUUGCUUCUUUCAAGCAAUUGGCUGGACACGACAGGAGCUCCUCCCCCAAACCGUCAGGCUCGACACGGUUCGGAACCGGCGCUGCAGGUUCGGCGAGCCCGUUCAGGGCUAGUUCGGCCGAAGCUGGUUCGGGCGACGUUGGUCUGGAAGUGCAGCUCGGGCAGCUGAGAAUAAAAAACGCGGACCUGAAGCUGAACGUGGAAAAUCUGCAGGCGGAGCUGAAAGCCGCUAAGGAGCAGAUCGGGCAGAUGAAAAAAGAAAUCGAGGCGUGGAAAAAGGAGGGAGUUUCGAAAGACAGCGCUGCUGAGAUGAAAGCGGAGAUUGAAAAGCUCAAGAAGGAAUUGGCAGAGAGCAAAGGAGGAGGAAAGGGCGUGGGGGUAGUGGGAGAGAGAGAUAAGGAAAUGAAGGAAAUGGAGGAGAAAAUGAUGGUUAUGGAGGUAGAGGUUGGGAAGUAUAAAUUCGUGCAUGACAGUUUAAAAGAGAGGGUAGAGAGGCUGACCAAGGAUAACAAGAAACGAAUAGCGUCGGAGAAAGAGGCGCUAGAUGCGAUUGGGAAGGUGAGGGAGGAGAAGGAGGAGGUGGAGAGGAGACUGAGUGAGGUGGAGGCGGAAAGGGAUGAGGCGAGGAGGAAGUGUGAGGAAGCGCAGCAACGGAUGGCAGAGGCUGUGAGAGAGAGAGGAGAGGUGGAGGUGAGGAGGGAUGAGGAUGUAGCUGCUGUGCGGAGGGCUAUGGAGGAGGAGAAGCGGAAGGUGGAGGAGGGAAGGAGGAAGGCGGAGGAGGAGAGGGAUGGAGUGUUGAAGGCGAAGGGUGAGGUGGAAGGGGAGAAGGAGGUGUUGAUGGGGAGGCUGGCGGAGGUGGAGAGGGGACGAGAGGAGGCGGAGAAGGGGAGACGAGAUGCAGAGGAGGAAAGGGGACGGGCUGAAAGGGAAAAGGAACAGGCGUGGAAGGAGAGGGAGGAGGCGGAGGCAGCUCGGAAGGAGGCGGAAGGGGAGAGGGAUGAGGCAGUGAGGGCGAAGGAGGAGGCGCAGAGGGAACGAGACGAGGCGAAGAGGGCUUGUGAGGCAGCGGAAACGAAGCAAGAGGAGGCGGAGAAGAGAAGAGACGAGGCAGAGAAGUCAAGGGAGGAAGCAGAGGCACGGAGGGAGGAGGCCGAGAGAGAGAGAGGGAAGGCGGAAGAGGAGAAGGAGCAAGCGAAGAAGGAGAGGGAAGAGGCGGAGGCAGCACGGGGAGUGGCGGAGAAAGAGAGGGAAGAUGCAGUAAAGGGUAAGGAGGAGGCGGAAAGGGAACGAGAAGAGGCGACGAGGGCACGUGAGGCUGCGGAAGGGAAGCAAGAGGAGGCGGAGAAGAGAAGAGACGAGGCAGAGAGAUCAAGGGAGGAAGCAGAGGCACGGAGGGAGGAGGCUGAGAGCGCAAGAGGGAAGGCGGAAGAGGAGAAGGAGCAAGCGCAGAAGGAGAGGGAAGAGGCGGAGGCAGCACGAGGAGAGGCGGAGAGGGAGAGGGAUGAAGCCGUAAAGGGUAAGGAGCAGGCAGAGAGGGAGAGGGAGGAGUCAGUAAAAGGCAAGGAGGAGGCGGAGAGGGAGAGGGAUGAGGCACUAACGGGUAAGGAGGAGGCAGAGAAAGAGAGGGAUGAAGCAGUAAAGGGUAAGGAGGAGGCAGAGAGGGAAAGGGAUGAUGCAGUAAAGGGUAAGGAGGAGGCAGAGAGAGAAAGGGAUGAGGCUGUAAAGGGUAAGGAGGAGGCGGAGAGGGAGAGGGAUGAAGCCGUAAAGGGUAAGGAGCAGGCAGAGGCGGGGAUGGAGGAGUCAGUAAAAGGUAAGGAGGAGGCGGAGAGGGAGAGGGAUGAGGCUGUAAAGUGUAAAGAGGAGGCGGACGCAAAACGGGCAGAGGCCGAAAGCGCUCGUGAAGCGGCUGAGAAGAGGCAAGAGGAGGCAGAAAGAGGGAGGGGGGAGGCAGAGGGUAGAAGGGAAGUUGCGGAAAGGGAGAAGGAGGAAGCGGAGCAGGCACGGGCAGAAGCAGAGGCACGGAGAGACGAGGCUGAGAGGCUUGGUGCAGAGGCUGAUGGGAAUAGAGCGCAUGCAGAGAGGGCGAAAGAGGAGGCUGAGAAGGCGAAGGAGGAAGCGGAUAAUGCUAGGGAAGAGGCGGAGAGGGAGAGGGAAAAGGCAGAGAAGAGAAGGGAGGAAGCUGAGAAGGCAAAGGAGGAAGAGGAGAAGCUGAGGAAGGGAGCAGAAAGGGCACGCGACGAGGCGGAGAAAGCAAGGGAGGAGGCGGAGAAAGCCAAGAGCGAGGCGGAGAAAGCCAAGAGCGAGGCGGAGAAAGCCAAGAGCGAGGCGGAGAAAGCCAAGAGCGAGGCGGAGAAAGCCAAGAGCGAGGCGGAGAAAGCCAAGAGCGAGGCGGAGAAAGCCAAGAGCGAGGCGGAGUCGAAGCUGGCAGUUGCAGAGACGAGCAGAGUGGCAUCCGAGCAGACGUGUGCUCACGCUGAGGAGCGAUCAGCUGAGGCUGAGAAGCAGCGCGCAGCAGCUGAACAGGCUUGUUCUGAUGCAAGGGCGCUAGCUGAGGAGGCAGAGAGGCGACGGGAAGGUGCUGAAGUGAAGCAGAAAGAAGAGGAAGAGAGGAGGAAGGAGGCAGAGGAGAGGAGGGAAGCUGCUGAGAAAGUAAAGGAGGAGGUGGAGGAGAGGCAACGAGAGGCAGAGAAAGCAAGGGCUGCUGCUGAGGAAGCGCGAGAGGAGAGCGAGAAGGCAAGGGAGGAGGCUGAUGCGAAGAGGAAAGAAGCCGAAGAGGCAAGGGAGGAGGCGGAGAAGGGAAGGGAGGAGGCAGUAGAGAGGGCAGCAGCGGCGGAGGAGAGGAGUGAGGAGGAGAGGAAGGCGAGGGAAGAAGCUGAGAGGGCGAGAGAGGAGGCUCUAAGGUUGAGGGAAGAGGCGGAAAAGUGUACAGAGGAAGCGAUAAAGGCGAGAGAGGAUGCAGAGGCACGAUGUGAGGAGGCAGAGAGGAAGCAAGUAGAGGCUGAGGUGGGCAGGGAAGAAGCAGUGGAAGCGAGGCAGCAAGCAGAAGCAGCGCGGGAGGAGGGUGAGAGGAAGCAAGCAGAGGCGGAGAAAAUGCAGGCAGAUGCGGAAACGAAACAGGCAGAGGCAGAGAUGGCAAAGGUGGAAGCUGAAAGGCGGCAAGCAGAGGCCGAGAGGAAGCAAGCAGAUGCGGAGAGAAUGCAGGUGGAUGCGGAAACGAAACAGGCAGAGGCAGAGGUGGCGAAGGAGGAAGCUGAAAGGCGGCAAGCAGAGGCCGAGAGGAAGCAAGCAGAUGCGGAGAGAAUGCAGGUGGAUGCGGAAACGAAACAGGCAGAGGCAGAGGUGGCGAAGGAGGAAGCUGAAAGGCGGCAAGCAGAGGCCGAGAGGAAGCAAGCAGAUGCGGAGAGAAUGCAGGUGGAUGCGGAAACGAAACAGGCAGAGGCAGAGGUGGCGAAGGAAUUAGCAGAAGCAGCACGUGCAGACGCAGAGGUGGGGAGGGCUGAAGCUGAGAAGGCAAGAGAGGCAGCUGAGAAAGCAAGAGAGGCUGCAGAAGGGAGGCUUAGGGAGGCAGAGAAAAGAGCAGAGGAGGCGGAAGAGAGUGCGAGGGAAGCAGUGGAAAGGGGUAAGCAGGCGGAGGAGAGGGCACGGGAAGCAGAGAGGGCAGAGCUAGAGGCAAGAGAAGAAAGUGAGGUGGCGAAGAAGGCAAAGGCGGAAGCAGAGGCUACACGCGAGGCAGCAGAACGAGAUAGAGAGGCAGCUGAGAGGGCGAAAGAGGAGGCUGAGAGGGCGAGAGAGGAGGCUGAAAAGGCAAGGAGGGAAGCUGAGCAGGGGAAAGAGGAAUCGGAGCAAGCUCGAGCAGCAGCUGAAAUGUUGGCAAAGGAGGCAGUUGAAGCAAAGGAGGAGGCUGAGAGAGUCAGCGAGGAGGGUGAGAAGGCGAGGAAGGAGGCAGAGAGGGGCAGGCGAGAAGCAGAGAGAGCACAGGCGGAGGCGGAGAGGCAGAGAGAUGAGGCGGAGAGGCGAAUGGCUGGUGCUGGGAUGAGCAAGGAUGAGGCGGAGAGGGAGCGGGAGGAGGCGCAUAGGGGCAGGGCGGAGGCGGAAAGGAGGAUGGAGGAGGCGGAAAGCAGGAGAGAGGAGGCUGAGAGGAGGAGAGAUGAGGCGGAGAGGAGGAGAGAUGAGGCGGAGAGAGCAAGGGAGGUUGCUGAGGAGGCGAGAGAAGAGGCUGUGAGAGAGAAGGAAGAGGCUGUGAGAGAGAAGGAAGAGGCUGUGAGAGAGAAGGAAGAGGCUGUGAGAGAGAAGGAAGAGGCUGUGAGAGAGAAGGAAGAGGCUGUGAGAGAGAAGGAAGAGGCUGUGAGAGAGAAGGAAGAGGCUGUGAGAAAGAAGGAAGAGGCUACUCGGGGGAUGGCUGAGGCGGAGGAGAGGCGGGUGGAGGCAGAGAGGAGACAAAGCGAAGCAGAAGAGAGGGAGCGGGGGGCUGAGAAGGCAAAGGAAGAGGCUGAGAAGGCGAAGGAAGAGGCUGAGAAGGCGAAGGAAGAGGCUGAGAAGGCGAAGGAAGAGGCUGAGAAGGCGAAGGAAGAGGUUGAGAAGGCUCGGGAGGAUGCAGCUAAAGCUGCGGAAGAGGCUGAGCAGGCAAAGAGAGAGGCGCUUGAAGCUAAGGCAGAGGCCGAGGAGAGGAGGGCGGAGGCAGAGAGGACUCGAGAUGCUGCAGAAGCGAAGGCAGCUGAAGUGGAGAAGGCUUUGGAAGAGGCUGUGUGUGCGAAGGCAGAGGCUGCGGAGAGGAGUGUGGAAGCAGAAAGAGCACGAGAUGGCGCAGAGGCAAAGGCAGCUGAACUAGAGAGGGCUGUGGAGGAGGCUGUGUGUUUGAAGGCAGAGGAGGCGGAGGAGGGGAGGGCGGAGGCAGAAAGAGCACGAGGUGCUGCGGAGGCGAAGGCGGAGUGGUUAGAGAGGGCUGUAGAAGAGGCUGUGUGUGCGAAGGCAGAGGAGGAGGAGAGGAGAGCGGAGGCUGAAAGAGCACGAGAUGCUGCAGAGGCGAAGGUGAAGGCGUUAGAGAGGGCUGUGGCAGAGGCAGAGGCGGCGAGGAAGGUAGCAGAGGAGGAGAAGGAUGAGGCGCUGAGGGGCGAGGACUGUGCUGUGGAGGAGCGAUAUGAGCUGGUGCAGGCUCUUGAAAGGGCGGGUGAGGAGAAGGAUGAGUUGACGAGGGCUGAAGAAGCAGUGAAAGGGGAGAGGGAUGAGCUGGUGCAGGCUCUUGAAAGGGCGGGUGAGGAGAAGGGUGAGGUGGUGCAGGCUCUAGAGAGGGUGACUGAGGAGAAGGGUGAGGUGGUGCAGGCUCUAGAGAGGGUGACUGAGGAGAAGGGUGAGGUGGUGCAGGCUCUAGAGAGGGUGACUGAGGAGAAGGGUGAGGUGGUGCAGGCUCUAGAGAGGGUGACUGAGGAGAAGGGUGAGCUGGAGAGGGCUGUUGCAGCAGCGAGAGGGGAGAGGGAUGAAGCGGUGAGGGCUGUUGAAGCAGCGAUAGGGGAGAGGGAUGAAGCGGUGAGGGCUGUUGAAGCAGCGCGAGGGGAGAGGGAUGAGCUGGUGCAGGCUCUUGAGAGGAUGGGUGAGGAGAGGGAUGAGAUGAUGAGGGCUGCUGAUGCAGUGAGAGGGGAGAAGGAUGGGGUGGUGCAGGCGGUUGAGAGGAGGGGUGAGGAGAGGGAUGAGAUGGCGAGGGCUGUUGCAGAGGCUGUUAGGGAGAGGGAUGAAGCGAUGAAGGCUGUUGAGGAGGCCGUUAGGGAGAGGGAUGAAGCGGUGAAGGCUGUCGAAGCAGCGAGAGAGGAGAGGGACAGGGCAGUCGAGGCUGUGGGGUUGGCAGUAGAAGAAAGGAACGAAGCAGUGAGGACUCUUGACAGGGUGACAGCGGAGAGGGACGAGGCGAUGCUGGUGAUUGAUGAGGCGGUUGGGGCGCUUGGAGGGGCCGUUGGGGCGAGGGAGGCGAGAGGGCUAGUUGGAGAGAGGGUGGCGAUUAGGGAGAGAGAGGCGAGUGGCUUGGUUGAGGAUAGGGAGGUGAGGGAGGAGAGGGAUGUGAGAGGGGAGAGGGAGGAGGCUGGGGAGGGGGAAGCGAUUGAGGAGAGGGAGAUGAGAGAGACGGUGAACGCAGCUGAAGCUGAAGCAGCAGGAGUGGAUGGAGACAAGGUGACGACUUGUGUGGGAUGUUCAAGUAAGUGUGAAGGGUUGGUGGGUGGGAGAGGCGAGGUGGAAGGGAGGUGGCCGGACGCGGCUGCGGUUAAGGACGAUGAGAAGUGGUGGAGAGCGGUGGAGAGCGAUAGGGAAGAAGCGGAGAGGCGGCGGGAAGAGGCUAAGAGGAGACUGGAGGAGCUGAAGGGGAUUCUUGACGAGGUGAGGGGGAAGCAGGAGGAGUCUGAGCGGAAACUAGAGGAAGUUGAGAGACAGCUGGUGGAUAUGGGGAAUGAGAAGGCUGCUGCUGAGAGCAGGAGAGAAGAGGCAGAGAGAGAGAGGGUUGAGGCAGAAGGGAGGAGAGUGAGAGCAGAGGAGCUGAGGGAUGAGGCUGAGAGGAAGUUGGAAGAAGUUGAGAAACAGCUGGUGGACAUGGGGAAUGAGAAGGCGGAGACAGAGAGGAGGAGAGAGGAGGCGGAGGCUGAGAGAGAAGAAGCGGAAAGGGCGAAGGUUGAGGCUUUGGCACGGUUGGAAGAGGCUGAGACGGCACGCAAAGCGGUGGAGAAUGAGAAGGUUGAGGCAGAAGAGGGGAGAGUGAGAGCAGAGGAGCAGAGGGAUGAAGCUGAGAGAAGGAGAGAUGAUGCUUUGAGGGAGAAGGAGCAGGCAGAGAAGGAAAGGGAGGAGGUGGAGAAAGCAAGGGAGGAAGUGGAGAAAGCAUGGAAAGACGAGGGGCUGAGGAGAUCAGAGGCAGAGAAGGCACUAGAAGAGGCGCUAGAGGCAGGUUUUGUGGUGGAUGGGCGGACGGGGGAGACAGAGAGGAGGAUAGAGGAGGCGGAGCAGAACAGAGAAGAUGCAGAGAAGAUGAGAGAAGAGGCAGAGAAGGGAAGAGAGGAAGCAGAGAGGAGGAGAGAGGAGGCAGAGAAGAGGGGAGAUGAGGCAGAGAGGGCACUAGAAGAGGCGUUAGAGGCAGUAGUGCAGGCAGAGGUUCGAAGGGAAGAGGCGGAGAGGGAUAGAGAUGAGGCAGAGAGGAGGAGGGAAGAGGCGGAGAGGAGAAUAGAAGAGGUUGAGAAGGAUUUGACUGAGCUGGUGGUGAAGCUUGAGGUACUAGAGAAGGCAAAAGCAGAGGCGGAGGAGGGGAUUCAGGAAAAAAAUGCAUUGACAGGUGAAGAUGCAGAAAAGGGGGAAGUGGAUGGGAGGAUUACAGAGGGGGAGAGGGAGAGGGAGCGGGUGGUACGGGAGGUGGAAGAGUUGACAGUGCAGAUAGAGGUACUAGAGAGAGAGAAGGAGGAGGGUGAAGGGGAGAAGGAGAGAGCUGAGAAGGAGAAGGAAGAGGCAUUGAGAGAAAGGGAGGAGGUUGUGAGACGGCUUGAGGAGAUGCAAGAGAUGCUGGAAGAGUUGAGAAGGGAGGAGGCUUACAGAAGGGAGGAGGCUUACAGAAGGGGGGAGGCUGAACAAGAGAAGGAGGACGCUUACAGAAGGGCAGAAGAUGCUGGAGUACGAGUGAGAGAGGCAGAAGCAGGAAGAGAAGAGGUGGAGAGGAGGAGAGAAGUAGCAGAGGGGGCACUGUCGCUAGCAGAGGUGGUAUUGCAGGAGGCGGAGGUGUGGAGAGAAGAGGCAGGGAGGCGUUGGGGAGAAGCAGAGGGGGCAGUGUUGAUGGUCGAGGUGGUAUUGCAGGAGACAGAGGCGUGGAGAGAGGCGGCAGAGAGGAAGUUGGCAGAAGGAGAGGGGUUAUGGAAAGAAGCUGAGCGUGCGAGAGAGGAGGCAGAGAGGAGGAGAGAAGAAGCAGAGGGGGCACUGUCGCUAGCAGAGGUGGUAUUGCAGGAGGCAGAGGUGUGGAGAGAAGAGGCGGUGAGCAGAUUAGAAGAGGGAGAGGCUUUGAGGAAGGAGGCUGAGCAGGCGAGAGAGGAGGCUGAGAGGAGGAGGGAAGAAGCAGAGGGGGCUGUGGAGGUAGCAGAGGCAGCAAGGGAUGAGAUGGAGAGGGCGAAAGAGGAGGCUGAAGCUAGCUGGGAAGAGGUGUUGGGGAUGCUGGGAGAGGCUGAGAGGGGGAGAGAGGAGGCGGAGAGGGGGAGAGAGGAAGCUGAAAGAAAGAUAGUGGAAGCUGAGAGGUUGAGGGAGGUGGCAGAGAUACGAGGAGAGGGGGCAGAGAGUGAAGGAGGAGAGGCAGAAGGUAAGGAACAAGGGGAGGCUGUAGCGCACAGUUCUGACGAGGGUGUGGUGAUUGUUCCAGAAGGUGAUGAGCAACCUGUAGAGGCGAGAGGGGCUGGUGAGGAGAUGGAGGGAGAGAUUGGAGGAGAGGAAGCAGGAAGCGAUGGUAUGGAGGGCGGGGACGGAGCAGAGGCAGUGGAGGACGUUUUGGAAUUAGGGGCACGGGAGGGUAAGCGAUGGCGGGGUGGAGGUGGGGAGGAUGGGGAGAGCAGUGGAGGGGAGGAGGAGGAUAAGGGCUGCAGCCGUGAGGAGAAGGGUCGGGAGAGCAGCGGGGAGGAGGAGCAGGUGAAGGGAGUGAUUUGUCACUGCACUCAGAAAGAGGUGCUGCCCGAGGGUGCUGCUGCAGAGGUGCCACUCCGAGGGUGGCCGAAUCCUGACAGCAGUGGGGGGGAGACAAGUGUGGUUGGCAUGAGCUUUCUGGAAAGGGAAAGAGACGAGCUAAGAGUGCGGUGGGAGGCGGCAGAGGAGAGACGGAGGGAGCUGGAAGCGAUUGUGAGUAAAACAGGUUUGCAGCUAGAGAGGGUGGGUGGGGUUGAGGAGGUUGAGAGGGCGAGGGGAGAGGCUGAGAGAGGGAGGGAGGAGGCGUUGAAAGAGAGGGACGAGGCGGUGAGAGGAAAGGAUGAAGCUGAGAAGGCAAGGCAAGAGGCGGAAUUGAGGGUUGAAGAGGCGGAGAAGCAGAGGGAUGAGAUGGUGAAAGCCUGGAAGGAGGCAGUGGAGAAAGCAGGAGAGGCGGAGGAGAGGAGCGAGAAGAGGUGUGAGGAGGAGAGGAAGGUGAGGGAAGAAGCUGAGAGGGUGAGGGAGGAAGCUGAAAGAAUGAGAGAGGAGGCUGAGAAGGGAAGGGAGGAGGCGGUAGCGAGACAAGCCAUGCCGUGCAGUGCGUGCGCGGAAAAAGACGAGGCGAUGCAGUCCAUUCUCAACGAGCUUGUUGCUGCCCAGGCUGCGUCCGAAGCUGCCAUAGCAUCGGCGGCUACCAACGCUGCGGAGGAGGUUCGGGCGGAGCUUCGGAUGGCGCAGGAAGGGUGGGAGAAGAGGCUGAGUGAAGUAGAAGGGGAGUUAGAGCGUGUGAAAGGGGAGGGAGAGAAGCUUGAGAAGAGAGUGAAGGAAGCGGAGGAGGAGGGUGUGAGAUUGCGAGAGGAGGUAGAGGGAGAGAGGAAGGGGAGGGAGGAGGAGAGAGCUGCCAAGGAGGAAGAGAAGAGAGCAAAGGAAGAGGAGAGGAAGGCGAAGGAGGAGGAGAGGGAGAGACGGGAGCAGGCGGAGGCAGGGAGGAGGGCAGCGGAGGAGGAGGCGCAGUUGACUAGGGAGGACCUGGAGGUGAUGCGAGACGCAAAGAGGGAGACGGUGCGGAACCUCACAGACUCACUGCUGGCAGCGGAGGAGCAGAGGAAGCGACUGCUGUUCCUGCUGCGCAAGGCACAGGUCAUCGAAGCGUACCAGCGGUCGCGCAACGCGUCGCAACAGCGGCGGACAUCGCAGCAGCAGCAGCAGCAGCAGCAGCAGCAGCAGCAGCAGCAGCAGCAGCAGCAGCAGCAGCAGCAGCAGCAGCAGCAAGGCCAGUCGCACAGCCAGGUCGCACAGCCGUCGCAACAGCCGCAGUCGCAGCAACAGGAGCAGGCGCAGGGGCACAAUGUGAACACCGCGGCUCAGCCGCCAAGCGCGCAGGCGCAGGCGCAGCCCGCGCAGCAAAGGACUCAUCAGCGCGCGCUUCCCCCACAGCAGCGGCAACCAGCGCAGCAGAAGCGGCAGCAGUUGCGCCAGACCGCGGCGCAACGGCGCACGUCGCUAGCGCAGGCCGCGCGGCAAACUGGAGGGGAUGCGGGGAAGGCGGAGCAUGGCCAGGGGGAUCCGGGGAAGCCGCCGCAGGGUCAGGGGGGGCAUGGGAAGGCGCAACUGACCGGGGGAGCAAACCCGCCAGCGCACGCCCCGCUUCCGCCUCUUCCGCGGAAGCAGCAAACGCGGGUGCAAGCGCAGGUGGCGCAGCAGGGGGAAACGCAGGCGGAAAAGCAGGGGGGGCAGCAGGGUGGACAGCAAGGGGGGGGGCAGUAUAGGGGGCAGCAAGGGGGGCAAGCGCAUAGGUUACAACAAGAAUCAUCACAGCCGCACCCAGAACAGCACCAGCAGCAGCACCAGCAGCAGCACCAGCAGCAGCACCAGCAGCAGCAGCAUAAUUCCUCCGGGCAGGAUGCCACUCACGGGCAGGCGUCCGGGCAGACGAAAGGGCACCCUCAACCAGACAGGCAGGAGCCGGGGGGGCAAGCCCAAGCCCACGGGCAGGGAAGCGGGCAGACUUCCGGGCAGGUUCCCGGGCAGGUUUCGGAGCAGCUGCCAAUGCACGAAGGCCACGUGGAGCAUGCUAUUCUGCCCGAGCGGCCGGAUUGGCUGGAUGAUUAUGAGAUAGUGGGGAAGAUAGGCGAGGGGACGUACGGGCUGGUGUAUCUGGCUAAGGACCGGCGCAAGGGCAAGGGGUCGGGGCGGUCUGCUUUGAAGAAGUUCAAACAGACCAAGGAGGGCGAUGGUGUCUCACCCACUGCCAUUCGCGAGAUCAUGCUACUACAGGAGUGUGAGCACGAGAACAUAGUGCAGCUGCUCAACGUGCACAUCAACCACAAUGACAUGUCGCUCUUUCUCGCCUUCGACUAUGCCGAGCAUGACCUCUAUGAGAUCAUCCGCUUUCACCGCGAGCAUCUGAAGCGCCCUCUCUCCGAGUACACGGUCAAGUCGCUGCUCUGGCAGCUCCUGAAUGGCCUGCAAUACCUGCACAGCAAUUGGAUUAUUCAUCGGGAUCUGAAGCCCUCCAACAUUUUGGUGAUGGGCGAGGGCGAGGAGCAAGGGGUGAUCAAGAUCGGCGACUUUGGCCUCGCCCGCAUCUUCCAGUCGCCCCUUCGACCGCUCUCCGACAACGGGGUCGUGGUAACCAUCUGGUAUCGAUCCCCGGAGCUGCUGCUGGGCUCGCGGCAUUAUACAUGCGCUGUUGACAUGUGGGCGGUGGGGUGCAUAUUCGCAGAGCUCCUCACGCUCAAGCCCUUGUUCCAAGGACUUGAAGACAAGACCUCCGCCAAUGCCUUCCAGAAAGACCAGCUGGAUAAGAUCUUCAGAGUGCUAGGCCACCCCACAGUGGACAAGUGGCCCAUGCUGCAGUACCUACCGCACUGGCAGGCCAACCGACAGCUUAUUCAAGACAAGAAGUACCCACAGCCAGAGCUCUACCGCAUUCUGCACAGCUGGUCGCCCAACUCGCAUGCCGUCAACCUGCUGCUGCGCAUGCUCGACUAUGACCCCAAGAAGCGGAUAACAGCAGGGCAGGCACUCGAGCACGAGUACUUCCGCAUCGACCCGCUUCCCGGCCGCAAGUCAGUACUCUCCUCCACACGCCCCUCUCCUCCCCACGCCCCUCUCCUCCACACGCCCCUCUCCUCCACACGCCACUCUCCUCCACACGCCCCUCUCCUCCCCACGCCCCUCUCCUCCCCACGCCCCUCUCCUCCACACGCCCCUCUCGUCCCCACGCCCCUCUCCUCCACAUGCCCCUCUCCUCCCCACGCCCCUCUCCUCUACACGCCCCUCUCCUCCACACGCCCCUCUCCUCCCCACGCCCCUCUCCUCCACACGCCCCUCUCCUCCACACGCCACUCUCCUCCCCACGCCCCUCUCCUCCCCACGCCCCUCUCCUCCCCACGCCCCUCUCCUCCACACGCCCCUCUCCUCCACACGCCCCUCUCCUCCCCACGCCCCUCUCCUCCACACGCCCCUCUCCUCCCCACGCCCCUCUCCUCCACACGCCCCUCUCCUCCACACGCCCCUCUCCUCCCCACGCCCCUCUCCUCCACACGCCCCUCUCCUCCACACGCCACUCUCCUCCACACGCCCCUCUCCUCCCCACGCCCCUCUCCUCCCCACGCCCCUCUCCUCCACACGCCCCUCUCCUCCACACGCCCCUCUCCUCCACACGCCCCUCUCCUCCCCACGCCCCUCUCCUCCACACGCCACUCUCCUCCACACGCCCCUCUCCUCCCCACGCCCCUCUCCUCCACACGCCCCUCUCCUCCCCACGCCCCUCUCCUCCCCACGCCCCUCUCCUCCACACGCCCCUCUCCUCCACACGCCACUCUCCUCCACACGCCCCUCUCCUCCCCACGCCCCUCUCCUCCCCACGCCCCUCUCCUCCCCACGCCCCUCUCCUCCACACGCCCCUCUCCUCCCCACGCCCCUCUCCUCCACACGCCCCUCUCCUCCACACGCCCCUCUCCUCCACACGCCCCUCUCCUCCACACGCCCCUCUCCUCCACACGCCCCUCUCCUCCCCACGCCCCUCUCCUCCCCACGCCCCUCUCCUCCACACGCCCCUUUUCUCCACCACACCAUUCCUUGCGCCACCACCCCAUGGAGCGCCCAGUGGUGUACCCCAAGCGUCCAAGCCCCUGCAUUCCCACCCUCCCUGUUCUCCUCUCCACCCCCUCUCCACCUCCCCCCUCCCCCAAUUCCCCCCCAGCUCGUUCUUCUCAGGCCACCCCAUGGAGCGCCCAGUGCUCGUUCUUCUCAGGCAACCCCAUGGAGCGCCCAGUGGUGUACCCAAAGCGCAUGCCAGUUCCCUGUGACCCUGACCCUGUCCCCCCUUAUCCUUCCCCCCUCUGUCCCCUCGCUCUCAGCUCGUUCUUCUCAGGCAACCCCAUGGAGCGCCCAGUGGUGUACCCAAAGCGCAUGCCAGUUCCCUGCCACCCCAUGGAGCGCCCAGUGGUGUACCCCAAGCCCAUGCCACUUCCCUCUCAACCCCUCUCAACCCCUGCCAACAGCUCUUUCUUCUCAGGCCACCCCAUGGAGCGCCCAGUGGUGUAUCCCAAGCCCAUGCCACUUCCCUCUCAACCCCUCUCAACCCCUGCCAACAGCUCGUUCUUCUCAGGCCACCCCAUGGAGCGCCCAGUGGUGUAUCCCAAGCGGCCAGUAGACCUCUCAACUGACUUCGAAGGCAUCUCCACCCUCUCCUCCGCUGCUGCCUCCUCCCAUGUCGCUGCCCUCUCUGCCAUGCCUCCACCGCACCAGCAGCAUCAUCAGCAGCACCAGCACCAGCAUCAGCAUCAGCAGCAGCAGCACCAUCAGCAUCAGCAGCAGCAGCAGCAUCAGCAGCAACAGCAGCAGCAGCAACACCAUCGGCACCAUCAGCAGCCAUCAGCGCCAGGGCAGCGCAUGGCCACAUUAGUGUGUGUGUUGUCCGUUCCCCACCCCACAUUACCCACCCCCCCCAUCCCCACCCCUUCCCCUACACCCCAUCCCCCACGCGUCCCCCCACAACCCAUCCCCCAACCCUCCCCCCAACAGCCAUCAGCGCCAGGGCAGCGCAUGGCCAACGUCACUCUGCUGCACCGCCCCUGGGCAGCGCAUGGCGAAUGUUACUCUGCUGCACCGGUCAGGGUCAGGAGGAGUGGAGGGGAGCGCAGCUUCGCAGCCGACGAGGAGGGAGAGGGCGACGAUGGCGGGCCGUUUGGCAUGGCGAUCGCCGUGGGAGGGAGACCAAAACCUAGCUCGAAAGAAUCCAAGUCAAAAUCUAGGUCGGCGGGGUUCGGUACGGGGCAUGGGGAGGGGCAUAGAGUGAACAGGGAUAAGAAGGGCCGGGAGGAGCGGAAAGGGCGCGAGGAGAAGCGCGAGGGCGGGAAGGGCGGCGGCGGGGUGGUGGUGGGGGGACCGUCCGCUGGCGGCGCGCUUAACGUGAUGCCGCAAUCGGGGGAAUACACCAAGGAGAAACUCGCGGAAUUGGCGUUGCUGCCUGCCUGCAUGCAUGAGCCGCCGCAGACCCUCAGUUCAUUUCUGUCGUCUUAUUGGGACAAUCGCACAUUGCAUCUCCUUGCCCCUCCACCGUGUCCUUCCUCCAUCUCCAUCCCACUCCUCUCACUACCCCACUGUGUUCUGGGUGCUCCCUCCCACCUUCCCCUUCUCUUCCCCCCUCCACCUUCCCCCCCUUCCCCCCACCACCCCCGCCACCCCCGCCACCCCUCCCAACAGCGCAACACCAUGCGCAUUGCAGCGCCUUCGUCCGCCUCCAGGCGCACCCCCCCUCCCCCUUCCGCCUCUAUCGCUGCAGCAGGCGCAGCCCUCUCCGCCUCCGCGGCCCCCUCCUCCACUGUCACCCCGCCCUCCCUCUCCGAACCUCUCAUCGUGCUUCGGGGAUCGCUCAAACCCGCAGGCUCAGCCGCCGCCGAAGCAGAGGCCGGAGCUAGCGGUUCCGGUGCAUCAGGUUCGGCAGGUGCUGCAGCAGGAAUGGGAGGAUUGGGAGGAGCUACAGGGGGGAAGGACGGGGGAGUGGGGGCGAAAACAGGGGGGGGAAAUGGGGGCGGUGUGGGGGGGAUGGGGGGAGGGGGAGAGGAGGGAGGGCGGAGUGCAAGGGAGGUGUUUUCAGGGGGGAUGAGGGCAGGCGCGUGGGGGUAUGGGGGGGCAGCGGGGGGCGCAGGGGGGAUGGGUGGGGCAGGAUCGAUAGUGGCGGAAGGGGAUGAAGUGAUGAAGUUCUUGCGGGAGGGCCUUGCGAGACUGCAGGCCUCGCAGUCCAAGGCUGAGCGGGAGGCUCGGGAGGCGGAGGAUCGGCUGGUGGCGGCGGCAGAGGAGGUGUUGGAGUUGGAGAGGGCGAUGAAGGGCGCUGAGAGCAAGUACCGCUUCGUGCAGGACCUGCGGCAAUACGUGGCCGUGCUGUGUGACUUCCUCAAGGACAAGGCGGCGCUGAUAGAGGAGCUGGAGGAGUCGCUGCAGCAGCUGCAGGAGGAGCGUGCCAACGCAGCGUUCGACCGUCGACGCGCUGACCUGGCGGAUGAGCUGGCGCAAGCAGAGGCUGCCACGUCAGCGGCAGCAGCAGCGAUGGCACAAGGUGCCGGGACGGUGACGGCAGCGGCAGCGGCGGCAGCAGCGGUAGAGGCGGUGGUGGAAGGGGGAGGGGCGGCGGGAGGGCGGGUGGAGUUAGAUGAGUUUGGAAGAGACGUGAACCUGCAGAAGCGGUGUGGGCAGGUGUGGGCAGGUGUGGAAGGGCGGAGGGAGCUGGAUGAGUUUGGGCGAGAUGCAAACCUGCAGAAGCGGUUGGAGUUCCAGAGGCGAGUGGCAGCGCGGGAGCGGCGGCACGCCAAGGCUGAGGCCAGGAGGGCUGGGCGGGGCGAAGCAGAAGGGGGGGGAGGAGGUGGAGGAGGUGGUGUGGGGAGGGUGGAGGGGGAGUGGAGCAGUGAUGAGAGUGAUGAUGAGAGGAGUGCGUACAGCUCUGGCAGGCAGGAAAUACUCACUGCUGCUGAUGCGGUGUUUGCGGAUGCAGCAGAGGACUACAGCAGGAUAGAGCGCGUGAAGGAGCGCAUGGAGCGGUGGAAGCAGCAGCACCCCUCCGCGUACAGGGAUGCCUAUGCCAGCAUGUCAGCGCCGGCCCUCUUUGCUCCCUUUGUGCGCCUGGAGCUGCUGCAAUGGGACCCGCUGUUUGGAGGUGGUGCCUUUGACUCCAUGCACUGGUACUCUGUCCUCUUUGACUACGGCCUCCCAACCGACGGUUCCGAGCCUGCCCCGGACGACCCGGACACGAACCUGGUGCCGAGGCUCGUGGAGAAGGUGGGGCUGCCGAUCCUGCACCACGCGCUGCAGCACUGCUGGGACCCGCUGGACCGCGCCGCGACCAAUCGCGCGGCGACAGCUGUGGAGGAGGUGCUGGUGUAUGUUGAGGCGGGGGCUCCCGCGGUGGUGGAGAUGGUGAAAGCGGUGGAGGGGAGGAUGGAAGGGGCAGUUGCAGAGAUGCAGCUACCAGCGUGGCCGCCCCCUGUGCUCGCUGCAUGCCCCGCUGCUGCUCGAUUCGCGGCGCAGAGAUUCGGACAGGCGCUGCGCCUCAUUCACAACCUGGGCAGGAUGCGAGAGGUGGUGUCCCAGUCGCUUCUAGACCGCCUCGUGCUGCAGUCUCUCCUGGCCAAUCAGCUGCUGCCACAUCUGCGUGCUCUUGCCCCGGCGCUGCACGACGCUGUACCCCGUACAGAGCGACUCGUUUGUGUGCUGUGUGAUGGCAAGUGGGCCGGCACGGGCAGUGGCAGCUCCUUGCCUCCUUCGGCAGAACCCAGGAACAGGUCUCCUCUAUCACAACUGGUGGCUUAUAUUGAAACGCUGGGGCGGUCUGUAGAGAGUCGGAGUGCAGUGGAGGGGCAGAGAGAGGAGUGUGUGGGGCUGGCGAGGAGGCUGAAGCGCAUGCUGGUGCAGAUGGAGGAAAUGGAUAAGGCCAGGGCGCUGGGCAAGAGGGAGGAGUGUGUAGGGCAGAGGGAGGAGUGUGUGGGGCAGAGGGGGGAGUGUGUGGGGCUGGCAGGGAGGGUGAAACGCAUGCUGGCACAGAUGGAGGAAUGGGACAAGGCCAAGCCAGCCUGGAACAAUGGUAACCUCAAGCGGUUGGCGAAUAAGAUCAUUUCGCCACUCAUCUUCGCUCACGUUCGCGCGGCGUAUCCGGGAAUCCCCGUCAAUGACUCCAACUGCCAGCCGUUCGUGUGCGGGCGAUACAUAUGGAUGCACAACGGCGGGGUGGGAGGGUUCCACAAGGUGCGGAGGAAGCUGCUGGAGUCGCUGCGGGACGACGUGUACCAGCAGUGCCCCUCCUUCGAGUCUGAUUCAGCCAUCUGCUUUGCUCUCUUCCUCAACCAGAUCCAAGACCCCAUGCAGCAGCUCGCUCCAGAGGAGCUGGUGGCAAAGAUGGAGGCGACGAUCAACGAGGUGAACCGGCUGUGUGGCGAGGCGGGGGUGGCAGACGAGCUCUCUCUGCUCAACUUCGUUGUUUCCGACGGCCGCACGGUGGUGGCCACCAAGUACUGCAAUCUUCCCCACGAGGAGUGUGCGACGCUGUACUACGCGAGUGGCAGCCGGUUUGAGGCGCUGGACGGCAGCAGCAAUGAUUACUUGGUGCGCCACGCCGACCGCCGCGGGCUGCUGGGGAUCGUUGCCAGCGAGCCGCUCACUGAUGAGAGUGAGGGAGAGGUGGGGGGAGGGGGCGGAGAAAGAGGGGACAGGGUGGGUGGAUUGAUGCUGGGGAUUGUGGCCAGUGAGCCGCUCACUGAUGAGAGCGCGGACUGGAUCCAGGUCCCGCGCAACACAGCGGUGGUGAUGACGCGGUUCAAGGGCGAGUUCGUGGAUGUGCUGCUUCUGAAUCCCUGUACCCCCAACCCCUCUCCCCAUCAGGUGCCGCGCAACACGGCGGUGGUGAUGACGCGGUUCAAGGGCGAGUUCGUGGAUGUGCUGCUGGUGCCCAUCAACCCGCCCCCCUCCGUGGCUCGCGACAUCUCGCGCGCCUUCAAGGCCCUCGCCAGCUGCCCGCCCACCUCCCUCAAGGUCUCCCUCAGACGCCCCAGGCGACCACAGGCCAGGAGGCGACGGGUGUCUGCUGAGGCUCAGCAGCAGCAGGUGGGGCAGUCUCCAGUUUCCAACACCUCAUCUCAAGCAGCGUUCUCUGCUGCAACGACUCCACCUCCUCUUCCUGCUUCUGCGUCUGCUGCUGCUUCUCCGGCUGCAGCUGCGGCAGGCAGUGGAUCACCGGCGGUGCUACCAGCAGGUGGGGCAGCAGGAGGAGCGGGCAGCUGGAAGGAGGGUUUGCGAGACCUGGUCAGCGAUCAGGACGGGAGGGAUACCACAGGGGACGAGGAGGAGGACGAUGAAGAUGAUUUUGAUGGGGACGAGGAGAUUUACGGGCCGCGGCACGCGAUGGCGAAGCACCGGCAGCCGGUGCUGGCGCUGGCAGUGGAUGGUAACCGCGUGUUUGCGGGGUCGCAGGACGGGCUGAUCACGCUGUACGAGCUGCGGGACUUCCGGUGCGUGUGCACGCUGGCGGGGCACAGCCAGACCAUCUUCUCCCUCUCUGUGCACCACGACCGCCUCUACAGCUCCUCCACCCGCGUUGUCAAGAUCUGGGACACCAAGACCUUCCGCCUCCUCUCCACUCUUCGAUACUCCGAUGGGGAUGUGUUCGCGCUCGCUCUUGCGCUUGGAAGGUCCGUGGCCGGCCCUGCAGGCACCUCCAUUGUUCGCUGCACCAGGGCGUCAGCCGCUGCUGCUGCUGCCGUUGCUAAGGGGAAUGGGGAGGGGCAGGGGGGUGGGCAGAAGCAGCUGAAGCAUCUGCACAGCUUGCAGCAUUUCGUGAUCCCCUCAGGUUCCUCCUUUCCCGAUGCCUCGGCCGUGCUGGAAGCUUCUGUGUCACAACCAUCUGGUUCUACUGCUGCUGCUGGUGCUGCUGCUUCUGCUGCUGCUUCCUCUGCUGGUGCAUUCUCUCCUUCGCCUGCGGCAGCGAAUCACAGGUCGCCAGCUGCCAUGGCAGCGGCGGCGGCUGCUGCAGCUGCAGUGGCAGCAGGAGGGGAGGGUGCAGUUUCUUCCACUGGUCGCGCUUCAGCACUUGCUACCCAACCUCGCAGUGCUGGCACUGCUGUUGCCGUCACUGCUGCUGCUCCUGUUGCCAUACCUCAGGCUCGAGCCCGAACCAAAGGCCCAGGCUCGGGUCUGGACGGUGGUUCUACAGCAGUGGGGUCUGGUGGGCAUGUGGUUCGGGUUGGGUUCGGUGAUCUGGCUCAAUCGCUCUCACCCGAAGCUCACUUAUACAGCUACCUGGAAGGGGCGAGGUCUGGUGGAGGGUCGGCAGCAGGCUCGUUACGUGGCUCAGCAGGGAGGUCUGGAGGUUCGUAUAUGACAGUGGUAGGUGAGGGGGAGGAGGAGGAGGAUGAGGAGGUUGGAGGGAGGAGGGGUACGGAAGGGAAUGGUGGGAGUGGGGUGGGGUCAGGUGGGUACUGUGAUGGGCAGAGAGAGGAGGUGAGAGUGCAAGGGUGGCAUCAGGAGGUGAUUGGCAGGUUACCAGAUAACCAGAAUGUAGUUAUGAACGGUCAAGCGAAUGGUCAGGUGUUCAGUCAGGUGAAUGGUCAGGUGAAUGGCCUGCAGCCACAGCAGCACUCACAGGCAGCGGAGCAGCAGGAACAGCUUCUAGGAGGAGGGACUAAACCAUGUGAAGGAGGAGGUGGAGGGGGGCUGGGAGGAACAGUGGUGGGUGGUGGUUGCAGUGAAGCAGGCAGUGUGGGUGGUGGUGGUGGCUGUGGAGGGGCAGCAGGAGGGGGAGGAGGAGGAGGAGGUGUGGGAGGGGCAAGCAGUGGAGCUGGGUGUGGGGCAGGAGGGGGGGGAGGGGUGCGCACGGUGUGCAACUCCACGGAGGCAGCGCUGGUGCUGACGGAUUCGAACAAGAAUGGCCACUGCAGCCGCGUCUAUGCUCUCGCUGUAGCGCACCCCCUCAUCUGUAGCGGCGCCGGAGACACCUUUGUCAAGGUGUGGUCGCUGGUGACGGGCGAGUGGGUGGCAACGCUGCACGGCCACAAAGGGGGAGUCAUGGCGCUCGCUACAGCCGAUGCAGCAGCUGACUCUUCCCACCGCUCCUCCUCCUCUGCUCCCAACCUUCUCGGCCCUUCCAAGCCUCACCAUGCGCCGCCGCCCCGCGCGUCCAAGCCUCUGUGGCGCCUCUUCAGCGGGUCAAGGGACAACACGAUCAGGGUGUGGGACCUCUCAUCGCUGCUCUGCAUCACCACCCUCACCGGCCACACCGACGAUGUUGUGGGGCUCGCCACUGGCCCUAACAACCGUCUCUUCAGUGCGUCCGUGGAUCACACCAUCAGGGUGUGGAGCAUGGUGACAUAUGAGUGCGAGCGAGUGUUCCUUCAGGAGGGUUCCAUCUUCCUCUCCAUUGCAUGCACGCCCACCGGGGUUGUCACCGGCUCCAGCGACGGUGUAGUGCGGUACUGGGAGGUGGACUCUGCCAGCGUGGACCAAUCACAGUCCGCCACGGAGGACAGCAAGGGGCUUCCCACCGCCUCCCACUCGCACCACCUCCCGCAUUCCACUCCAAGCUUCAAGCUCCAGAACGAGUCAGUGGCGGCGGAGCAGAGGCUGAUGGAGGACACACUGAGGCAGCUGGUGCGCAUGAGGACCGUCAGCACAUGCACGUCCCGCCUCGCUGCACAGGAGAUGUGGAGGGCGGCAAACGUGGUGAUGGGGUUGCUGGAGGACAUAGGGGCGGAAGCCAAGCUAGUGGUGGCCGUGGAUGGGACCAGCCCUGUUGUGUUCGGCCGCAUCGUGCAGGACCCCAGUCGUCUCACCGUGUGCAUAUGCGGGCAUUACGAUGUCACGGGUGCAGGCGACGUGGACGGUUGGAUGAGCGACCCCUUUGAUCUGACGGCUCAGGACGGCUUUCUCAUUGGGCGAGGGGUGUCCAGCAGCAAGGGCCCGCUGAUUGCCUCCCUCUUUGCCAUCAAGGAUCUGGUGUGUCGGGGCGAGCUGGCAAUCAACAUUGUGUUUGUGAUCGACGGCAUGCAGGAGAACGGGUGCAAGGGUUUCAAGGAGGCGGUGUAUGCCAACCUGGACUGGUUUGAGGGCACGGGGCUCAUUCUCAGCAGCGAUGGCGCGUGGAUCAGCGACCAGCACCCGUGUCUGAUAUACGGCAUGCGGGGGCUGAUCUGUCUGACGGUGGCGGUGACGGGGCCGCUCAAGGACUUGCACUCGGGCACACACGGGGGCAGCUUCAACGAGCCUCUCAACGACCUUGUCACUGUGCUCUCCAACCUCGUCGACUCCAACAACAUGAUUCUUAUUCCAGGGUUCUACGACGAUGUGAAGCCAUUGGAUGAGGAGGAGGAGGCGCUGUACCAGGGGCUGCACUUCCGAGUGGACGAGUACAAGGCACGCAACGGGCUGGCGGCAGUGACGGGGGGCACAGCACGGGAGGUGCUGCAGAGCUGCUGGCGCAGCCCGUCGCUGAGCGUGCUGGGCGUCUCCACCUCGCCCUCCUGCGCGCCCUCCUGGUCCUCUCUCCCCAAAGCUGCCUCCGCUAGGGUGGUGAUCCGGCACGUGCCAAACCAGAAUCCUGACCGCCUGGUGCAUCGCUUCCGGGCGCACGUGGCUCAUGAGUUUGCCAAGCUGCGGUCUGCUGGCAACUCCGUGGCUGUCACUGUGGAGCACGUGGGCGACUGGUGGUUGGCAGACCCCUCCUGCUCCUUCUACCAGCUCGCAGAGAAGUGCAUUCAGAGCCACUGGGACAUGCCGCCCAUGUACAUCAGGGAGGGCGGCACAAUGCCGGUGGUGCCUUUCUUGGAGGCAGCCUUGGGAGCGCCGGCCAUCAAGAUUCCCAUCAGCCAGGCCACCGACGGCAGCGCGCUCCAGAACGAACGGCUGGGAUGGAGCCACCUCAUCAAGGGCAAGGAUGUGAUCAGGGACUUCAUCAAGGCUCUGGGGGAUGGCAGCCGCAGCUGCUGA